CACCUUAGAGUUUCAUCAAAGCAUUCACAAUAUAAUUCUCAAGAGUGUUUCAAAUAUAUCAGAACAAUGGCCAGACUCGCAACGCUAGCAGCUCUUUUUGCAGCCCUUUUGUUGGUGGCGCAUGCCGCUGCCUUCCGCACCACCAUAACAACCGUGGACGUCGACGAGGACAUUGUGAACCAGCAGGGGCGGCGAGGCGAGAGCUGCCGCGAGCAGGCUCAGCGUCAGCAGAACCUCAACCAGUGCCAGCGGUACAUGAGGCAGCAAAGCCAGUACGGGAGUUACGAUGGCAGCAACCAGCACCAGCAGCAGGAACUUGAGCAGUGCUGCCAACAGCUGAGGCAGAUGGACGAGCGGUGCCGAUGUGAGGGGUUGAGGCAGGCGGUAAUGCAGCAGCAGGGUGAGAUGCGAGGUGAGGAAAUGAGGGAGGUUAUGGAGACUGCUAGGGACUUGCCAAAUCAAUGCCGCCUCAGCCCCCAGCGCUGUGAGAUUCGCUCCGCAAGGUUCUAGAGGAAGCCAUGCAUGUGCACGAUCUAUAAUAAGGGUCACCGCUAGAUAUAAAUGGUGACUGGGGGGCUUUCAUAAGCAAGCACAUCAUCGUGUGUAGUAACUAGUAUCUACUAUGUAGAUAUGAGCAGUUUAGUUCGAGGCUUUGUAGGCUGUCUCUUGAAUAAAAUAAAAUGCUUCUUAGUUU